AUGCUAAACACGCACCGGUUGCACACCGGCACCGUCACGCCCUACCAAGAUAACCACCAUCCAAGCUUCCACAGCGUCGGCAUUGCCUUCAUUAGUCGCCCAAUUGCUUACCCUGCUUGCAACAAUGCACAUGGCCUGACUCGGCAACCGUUUGAAGCAUCUUGGCUCCCAUUUUCGCCCCGUCCGGCUCGCAGGCAGUCAAUGACGAACACGCGAGCUCAUCACACGAACAGCAACGAGACUGUCGACAGCGAACUUAAGAACGUUCCCGGCUCAUCGCGACACAUCACGGACCCAAGACAGGGACUGCCGCUUUCCAGCAUACGAAUCAUCGCACAUGUAAUCCCAAAUGCAGACAUUUCGUUCAAGGCACUGGCCUGGUCCACCAGCCGGACCAUGAGAAGAUUUGCUUGGCCCGUGAGUUGCACUUCCACUGGCGCCCACUGCAACACGACGAAUGACCGGACUUUGGCGGUGAGGAUUGAGGCUCUGCAGGUUGUCAAUGACAGCCUGGAAGUCCUUCAGGAAGCGCAGACUUUGACAUCCCACUGGCGUAUGAUGAGCUUGCCUAGACUUCCACUGGGUAUGGAAUUGGAAAAUUCGUUCAGUUGCGCCCCAGCGAAGGGACGGGACCUUUUGAUGAGACUAAACAGGAGACUUGCCGUGUGGGAUGCAAAGCUUAGCGAGCGAAUAAUGAUGACUGCUUACCAGCGGCGAUGGAGAAGAGCAAUCUUCUCUAAUAAGAACAUGGCCUUCCGAAUCUCCAUCAGUACUCGAGAGUCGACAUCUCGAACAAACACGACAUGCCCAGAAAUCGCAUUCCUUCCAUACUUAGAACAAACCACGAUAUGCCUACAUACACACGUUGACGGCUCCGGCCCCCAAAACCGCCACAUCCCGAACCACUACAUUCCCAUCUUGGAACAACCAAUGCCGGUAUCAAAUCACUACCACGAAAUGUGCCGCAUUUUCAAGAUUGAAUUCGUCCUCCCACUAGUGCAUACCCUCCCACUCACCAACCAAAUACUAUACAUUUCCAAAAAAAAAAAUUCUCAGGCUCUCAGCCGCCAAAUCUCGGCGCUGACUGAGACGGCGGACGUGGACGUGGACCUUAAAAAAAAUCAUUCCGUUCCAACACGUUUAUUUUUAAGAAUGAGUGGGAGAGUGGUGGGUGGUAUCAAAUCAGAAAAAUGUUUUCAUGUCGGUAUUUAA